UCCAUUUUGUUCGCGGACGCUGGGGACGGUGGGAGCAGAUCCAUUUCCGGGUUGGCAAAAGGGGCGGCGGCGAGAAAGAGAGCUUGCCGCGGGGCGAACGGGCAGGACUGAACCAGGACACAGGUGACGGAGGACUCGCUCCCGGAGCAGCCCCGGCCAGGUGGGGAGGACGCCGGGGCGGCCGAGCCCGCCGCUGAGGUAUAUGAAUGACCUAAAGCUACAAAUAAAGACGGAGAGAGAACGGUGCCAACUGGGAGCAGGGCAAGGAUGCCAAUUCCUCCUCCUCCCCCGCCCCCACCUGGUCCUCCCCCACCUCCCACUUUUAAUCAGGCAAACACAGAGCAGCCCAAACUCAGUAGAGAUGAGCAGCGGAAUCGAGGAGCCCUCUUACAAGACAUUUGCAAAGGGACCAAACUGAAGAAGGUGACCAACAUUAAUGAUCGGAGUGCUCCUGUCAUCGAGAAGCCCAAAGGGAGUGGUGGUGGCUAUGGCCCUGGAGCUGCUACUUUGCAACCCAAGGGAGGUCUCUUUCAAGGAGGAGUACCCAAGCUGCGACCUGUGGGAGCCAAGGAUGCUUCAGAUACUGUAGCUGCUAAGCCAGCCCUACAAGUCCCCAGUUCUCGAGCUGCUGCUCCGAGGCCUCCAGUGUCUACAGCCAGUGGGCGUCCUCAAGAUGAUACUGACAGCAGCCGAGCCUCCCUCCCAGAACUGCCCCGGACGCAGAGACCCUCUUUACCGGACCUCUCUCGUCCCAAUACCACUAGCGGUACAGGCAUGAAACACAGCUCAUCUGCUCCUCCCCCACCACCUCCAGGGCGCCGUGCCAAUGCGCCCCCUACUCCUCUGCCUGUGCACAACAGCAAAGCUCAGGCCUACAACAGGGAGAAACCCUUGCCUCCAACACCUGGACAAAGGCUGCACCCGAGUCGAGAAGGACAUCCUACUCCACCCCCUGUAAAACCACCUCCUUCCCCUGUGAAUAUCAGAACCGGACCAAGUGGCCAGUCUCUGGCUCCUCCCCCACCGCCUUACCGCCAGCCUCCUGGGGUCCCCAAUGGACCCUCAAGUCCCACUAAUGAGUCAGCCCCUGAGCUGCCACAAAGACACAAUUCUUUGCAUAGGAAGACACCAGGGCCAGUCAGAGGCCUUGCACCUCCUCCACCCAACUCUGCCUCCCCCUUCUUGUUGAGUAACAGGCCACCUCCCCCAGCCCGAGACCCUCCUAGUAGGGGAGCAGCUCCUCCACCCCCUCUACCCAUGGUCCGAAAUGGUGCCAGGGAUGCUCCUCCUCCCCCACCACCUUAUCGAAUGCAUGGGUCAGAGCCUCCGAGCAGAGGAAAGCCCCCACCUCCACCCUCAAGGACGCCAGCUGGGCCACCCCCUCCUCCACCACCACCCCUGAGGAAUGGCCAUAGAGACUCCAUCACCACUGUCCGUUCCUUUUUGGAUGAUUUUGAGUCCAAGUACUCCUUCCAUCCAGUCGAGGACUUUCCUGCUCCAGAAGAGUAUAAACAUCUUCAGAGAGUAUACCCCAGCAAAACAAACCGAGCUGCCCGCGGAGCCCCACCUCUGCCACCCAUUCUCAGGUGAAGCCUGGCUUGGUCCUGCUCCUCAGGAAAAGGAUGGACCUCCUCUUCUCAGAUGGUCCCCCAACCCGUAAAACCUGCAUGAGAGCUCCUACAGUGUUUCUCCAGUGCAACCAACCCUAAGCAUCCUCCUGGCCCAGUUCCAUCUAUGCAUCUCAUCUCUGGACUUGGUGAUUGGAUUCUUUCUGUUGGCAGUAGGCUCUUAAGCCCUGCUAAGCCAGAAGAGGAGAAAGCCUCCGUUUCUCCUGCUUUCUUCCAGGGAAAGGUGCCUUGUUAUGGUGAAUGGACGCACACUGGGCAGGGUGGAGAAUGGUACCCCUGCCUGCUGUUAUUCACCAAGGGGAAGUGUGCGUGUGCAUUGUAUUCCAUAGUUGAGGAGGGUGGUGUGGCCAGGACAGUUGAGGAAAAGGUACUUUUUGUGAAGCAGUCAGGGGGUUUGCAGAAGUGACCUGUUUUAAAGGUCAGGUUACAGAAAGGACAAAGAAAUGGGUCUUCUCCAUUUUUAAGAGUGUUUUGUUCUCAUCCCUCCUCUCCCCGUUCCAAGGGGUAAGUUGUACAUACACUAAAUACUAAUCAGUGAACUAGACAAUAAAAGAAGGGGACGAAGUAAA